AUAAUCAGUUCUCGAGUGAUAAUUCGGUUCGGUUUUGAGCUAAAAUCAAAAUAGAUCGCUUAUUAACAAUUUUUACUGAAAUCCUUCCAUUAAUAAAUGGUUCGGUUCAGUUUCUCGUAGGAUAAUCCCCACCAAGCAUCCGGGAAAGUAGUUAAGAAGGGGCAGACACUCUUUUACUACAGUCUCAUUCUUCCUUUCUCUCACACCUAUCGAUUAAAUCAGAGAAACACCAAAAUCCCCGAUUCACUCUGUCUGCUGCUGCUUCACUAUUACUACUUCGACAUCCAGAAGAAACUAAAGAGAAAGGGUUUCAUUUGUAUCUUUGGCCAAAUCAAUCAAUCAAUCUGGUAAAGCAUUUCUCUGCUACCCACCAAUUUUGUUCAAUUUAAUUUUAUUUUUAGGGUUUUUAUUUAGGGGUUCAAAAUUGCAUCUAAUUACUCCAUUUUGCGGGAGAUAAUGUUUCUCAUCAGUAAUUUUAGAUGUAAUCUAUAGUAAUUGUUUUUGGUAUACUCAACAACAUUUGGAAUCCACCCAAUUUUCAAUUUUGAGAGAAAUCCAAUAGAGGUAAAGAAUUUUUGUGAGUUGGGUUUGAAAAAUGGUUGGAAGUAGUUCAUGGGUUCAAGUUUCAUCUCGCCCUACUGUCUUAUCGUUGACGCCAGGAAUUACAUUCCCAACAGACUCUUUGUCAUCUGUAUCAUCGUCAUCCAGGAGUUUUUUACCUCAUUUACCUAAUAGGUCAUUAAAGAAAUUAGCCAGGGUACAGGCAAGUUCUGCUAAUACUGGGCAGGAUUCUCGACCCUCAUCAUCAGAGAAGAAGAAUCCACUAGCGGUUGUUUUGGGUAUUCCAGGGACUAUUUGGAAGCAGACAUUGCGUCCGUUAAGUGAUUUUGGAUUUGGAAAGAAGAGCGUAUGGGAAGGUGGGGUUGGGUUGUUUGUUGUUUCCGGAGCGGUACUUCUUGCGUUGAGUUUGGCUUGGUUGAGAGGUUUUCAGAUGCGCUCGAGAUUUAGGAAGUAUCAAGCAGUGCUUCAGUUUACGGAGGCUUGUGGUAUUAGUACCGGUACAGCUGUUAGGAUCAGAGGUGUGACUGUUGGGAGUGUCAUUCGUCUCAACCCUUCAUUAAAAAGCAUUGACGCAGUCAUUGAGGUUGAAGAUGAUAAAAUAUUCAUACCCCGGAAUUCACUCAUUGAAGUGAAUCAGUCUGGUCUUCUUAUGGAGACUAUGAUUGAUAUUACCCCUAAGGAUCCGCUUCCCAUGCCUUCAAUGGGGCCACUUGAUACAGAAUGUGCUAAAGAAGGUCUAAUUGUAUGUGACAAGGAAACAAUUAAGGGAAGCAAGGGUGUAAGUUUGGAUGAAUUAGUCGGUAUAUUUACACGUCUUGGGCGGGACAUGGAAGUGAUUGGUGUUCACAAAACCUUUGACCUGGCUGAAAGGGUAGCAUCGGUUAUUGAAGAGGCAAAGCCGCUGCUUGCAAAGAUUGAAGCCAUGGCGGAGGAUUUAGAACCUUUGCUAUCUGAGGUUCGUGAUAGUGGUCUUCUAAAAGAAGUCGAAGGUUUAACAAAAAACCUAAGCGCAGCAACUGAAGACAUGAGGAAGAUGCAUUCAUCCAUUAUGACCCCUGAGAACACUGAGCGAAUUCGCAAGUCCAUUUAUAGCUUCUUAUUUACUCUGAAGAAUAUUGAGAACAUAAGCUCUGACAUCUCAGGCUUCACUGGAGAUGAGCCUACUAGACGAAAUUUAAAACUGCUCAUCAAAUCAUUAAGCAGGUUACUGUGAAGAUGGUAGCUGAAUGACUGACAUUGAAAAACAGAGCUGAGUGGAAUAUUGGCGUGCAGAUGGAAGAGGCUUUUUCUUUUUUUUCGGGUACAGAGGUGUGAGAAAGAGAUAGAAGUCACCAGCACUAUUGACUUGUCUAGUUUUUCGCCUGCAACAGUAGGAUACUAGUCUUAAAUCAUUUUUUUUUAGUUUAUUUUGUGUAGGCUUGUGGAAUACCGUAUAUUUAUCAUGUGGCAAGGGAAUGAGAAGAAUUUGGGCUGUUUCGGAUAAAAUUCUUUUCAUUGGUUUAUCACAUUGGCUAGAAAGGCAGAAAAAGCAGGAAGGUGUGUUCUGAAUAAGCACAAGCAGUCAGGCAUGGCACCACACUGCAGCACAAAUGUUGGAAUGUAUUAUUUGAAUUGGUUGUCAAUCGGUAUUACACUGUUUUUGCUAAUGGAUAAGGUCCUAAAUUUAUGUCA